GUCAAAGUAUCAAUUAAGUAAUGUUGAAAUUCGACUUAUUAGAGUCGAGUUGAAAUACAUUCAUUGAAUGGUAACAUUUCUUCCAUGAAGGAAUAAUUUUUGUUGAGUUCUUUCAUGAUGGCAGAUUGCAUCGGUAUGACUGCAAAAGAAGUGCAAUUGUUGAGGAAAUCUCAUGAGGAACUUUCCCAAGAUCCAGCUGCUAUGAGAAAAGUUUUUCUCGAAUACUUCAGGCAAUACCCUCAUAACCAGAAAUUUUUCUCAUUCAGAAAUGUUUUCUUGGAAGAAUUACCGGAAAAUACGGAUUUUAAGAUACAAUGCGCACUUGUCACAGCAUACAUGAGUGCAUGUAUUGAGAACCUCGAGGAUUACGAUGUUGUUGAAGGAAUUUUGACUAAUCUUGGAAAGAACCACAAAAAGUAUAAAAUACCAACCGAAGCAUUCUGGCAAUCCCGCAACGUUAUCGUGCAAGGCCUUUCAGAGCUAGUAGAUGAAGAAACACAUUUAGCGCACUCCAAAUAUUGGGAUUUCGUUGUACACACUGUACUAAAAGGUCUGGAAAGGUGAUCAACCAUUCAGUUUGUACUUCUGAGAGAAUGGAAUUACGGAGUGAAGAGCUGUGCUCCAUUAUAUCAUGGUUUUAUAUGAGAAUAAUGGCAUUGUAAAAUGAAAAUAAUGAAACUUCAUGUAUACAUUAUGCUUCCUUCAUCUUCAUUCAUCUCGAAAACAAAUCUUUUUCAGGUGAAAACCCAAUUCACAAAUAAAUAGUUUAUGUGAAAUAUG